AUGGAGGACAAUCGGCUGCCGGCGGACGUCCUCACGUCGGUGAUGUCCCGCGCCGCCACGGGGCCGCGGGCUGCAUGCAUCGCCGCCAUGGUGUCCCCGGCGUUUCGCUCCGCGGCUGACUCCGACACCGUCUGGUCGCGUUUCCUCCCGGCCGACCUCGCGCCGCUCGUCUACCCGUCGCCGCCGCCACGCUCCAAGAAGGAGCUCUUCCUCCGCCUCUCCGGGACCCAUGUCCUCCUCGAGGACGGCCUCACGAGCGCGUGGCUGCAUAGGGAGACCGGCGCCAAGUGCUACAUGGUUGCGGCGAGGGCUAUGCACAUUGUAUGGGGCGGCUCACCGCAAUGGCGGUGGAUCCCGCGCCAAGACUCUAGGUUCCCAGAAUGCGCUGAACUGUUGGCGGUUUGUUGGCUGGACUUCAGCGGCUCCAUAGAAAGCAGGAUGCUAUCCGAAAACACGCGCUACGCCGCCUACCUAGUGUUCAAGAUGGACGAUGACUGCUACGGCCUAGAUUCUCCACUGCAGGUGGCAUCAAUCUACAUUGGACAAGACGAGAUAUCAUCCCACCCAGUCCGCCUGCAGAACAACAUAGGCAACGAACAGAACGACGGCGCCGAGGAAGGAGCUGCUCCUCGGCUUCCCAUGGAGAGGCCCGAUGGGUGGAUGGAGCUGGAGAUAGGGGAGUGGGACAACCACGGAGGUGAAGACAAACAGGUUUGCGCAAGAGUGAGAGAGACCACGUAUGGAGGCAACUGGAAGAAAGGCCUUAUUUUGCAGGGUUUUGAGAUAAGACCUAAGAACUAA